CUACGCUUCUUCCCUCACCGAACUCUGGAGGCUUAAAGAGACAACGGCAGGCAGAAAGCCCGGCUAGCUGUUUGGGGGGGAUUGGAAAAUAAAAAGAAGAGCGCCUGAAACCAGACAUAAAGGAAUAUGCGGCAUGCAGUCAUAGAGAUACAGACGGAGAGGUAUCUCAAGAAGAUGUGCUACUUCACUGCUUAAGCCUGUCACCUCAGCCUCCAGCGUCGGACUGCAAUAUUUGGGCAUAAAGAAUGUUUGAGGCAUUUCCAAAGACCGACUUGGAGGAAGCCAUGAGGAGCCCAUGGGGACGUUUUGUUGUGGCUUCCUGGAUCCAGUAGCAGGAACUGUGUAUAUGUGUGCGUGUUGGUGACUGAGGGUGUGUGUGGGUGUGUGUGUGUGUUAGUGCGUUUGUUUGUGUGCAAAUGUAUGUUUUCUGUGUGUUUGUGCAUGUAUGUGUGCACAUGCUUGCACAGGCUGCCUCCUUUGGGCAGUGACAGGCUACGCUGAGGGCACCGCAACAUCAGAGGAGGGAAACCCCGAUUCUGAAGGAUUAAACCAAGGCGUGCACGCUGAUUUGGAUGGUAAAACGGCAGGCUUUCUGCUGCCGUAAGAACUGCGUUUGUAUAUAGAUAUUUAUAUACAAAAUCCCCCUCUCUCCUCUGUCGCAUUGCCUCAGACCCCACUGUUUCCCUGGGGCUUGUUUUGACGCCUCUCAGCUUUGAAUGGCCGGUGAGUAACCGUGGAGAGGCCAGGGUAUCACAAGCUUAUGGAUUUUGAUAAGAGAGGUGGGAAGGGAGACACAGAGGAAGGGAAGAGGAUGUCCAAAACAGCCAAUAGCAGGACUGGGACCCGGGGCACUGGGCCCAACUCUGGGGUCCUUAUGGUUGGCCCCAACUUCCGAGUAGGGAAAAAGAUCGGCUGUGGUAACUUCGGCGAGCUGCGGCUGGGGAAGAACCUCUACACCAACGAAUAUGUGGCCAUCAAACUGGAGCCGAUUAAGUCCAGGGCACCACAGCUACACUUGGAAUACAGAUUUUAUAAACAGUUGGGAAACUCAGAGGGAAUUCCUCAGGUCUUUUACUUUGGGCCAUGCGGGAAAUACAAUGCCAUGGUUCUGGAGCUGCUGGGCCCCAGUCUGGAAGACCUGUUUGACCUCUGCGACCGCGCCUUCUCCCUCAAGACCGUCCUCAUGAUAGCCAUACAGCUGAUAACACGGAUGGAGUACGUUCACACCAGGAGCUUGAUCUAUCGAGACGUCAAGCCGGAGAACUUCCUGGUGGGCCGGCCGGGCAGUAAGAGGCAGCACACCAUUCACAUUAUUGACUUCGGGCUUGCCAAAGAGUACAUCGACCCAGAGACCAAAAAACACAUCCCGUACCGGGAACACAAAAGCCUGACUGGCACGGCCCGCUACAUGAGCAUCAACACUCACCUGGGCAAAGAGCAAAGCAGGAGAGAUGACCUAGAAGCGCUUGGACACAUGUUCAUGUACUUUCUGCGAGGCAGUCUGCCCUGGCAGGGCCUGAAGGCAGACACGCUGAAGGAGCGCUAUCAAAAGAUCGGAGACACCAAGCGGGCGACGCCAAUCGAAGUGCUCUGCGAAAGUUUCCCAGAAGAGUUAGCGACAUACCUGCGCUACGUCCGGAGAUUGGACUUCUUCGAAAAGCCCGACUACGACUACUUGAGGAAGCUCUUCACUGACCUCUUCGACAGAAACGGCUACGUUUUUGAUUACGAGUAUGAUUGGGUCGGCAAACCUCUUCCCACGCCCAUCGGCCCCAUCCCCAGCGAUACACCCCAGCCCAGCAGCCGGGACAAAGCACAGCAGCAGACCAAAGCCCAGGUAAUGAGCUCGACCAAUGGAGAGCUGAACACAGAUGACCCGACAGCCGGACACUCCAAUGCUCCAAUCACAGCCGCCACCGAGGUGGAGGUGGCAGAUGACACAAAGUGCUGCUGUUUCUUCAAACGGAGAAAGAGGAAAGCUCUCCAGAGACACAAGUGAAGAGCGCUCACUGAAGAGAACUUGAAACAUUCUGAUCACUGUCGAGUUUUAAAUGGAAGCAAUUACACUGCUCACUCAUCCUUUCUCUUCUCUUCUCUUCUCUUCUCUUCUCUUCUCUUGUUUCAUCUUCUCUUCUCUUCUCUUCUCUUCUCUUCUCUUCUCCCCACAUCCUGUCACUCGAAGUCCUGCACCAACGCUCCUGUUCUGUUGGAGUGAUAAAGGAAUGUUGUUGACUUCACAACAGACUCUCUUCCUUUAAAAUAAGAAAAUAAACAUAAGAAAAUGGUGUAAAGAAAAAAGCUCUCACAUAGGAGGAUGAUGGAGAACUCUGUAUAAAAACAAUAAUGAUAAAUGAACACUGUGACGUGAAUUUGAAAACAAAAAAAGCUGUUUGAAACAGUUGUUGUAUUCUAGAUUCCAUGCAGAACAUUUUGUUGUUCAUGCCGUUGAUGCGAGGACGAUACGAUGAUGGAUUGGAUGAUUCGAGUUUUCCUUAGCUAUAGUUCUUAUUUGUUUCAAAUCGAAAGGCAAGAACUGCAAAGCAAGAAAGCAAAAAGAUGUUUCAUCUCAAGCAAGCAUGGAAGAUUUUUUUCUCUUCUUUUUGUUAUUGGUAAUGAAAUUUUUGGUUGUUUUCAGGACUGAAUACCUGGAUUGAAAGCAAACCUUUACAUUUUAUGUUGUAGUGACCUGGAAUUCUUUUUGUUUGUUUGUUUUUUUUUCUUUUUUUUUAAUUUCUCUCUCUUUUGUUUGUUUUUUUUGUUUGUUUGUUUUUGUUGUUCUGUUGACGUGGGCUCUGUAGCACAGUGACUGGUCUCAGGUACUGUGGACGAUGGAGAGACAAACAGAUACUAAGCUCUCUGCUUAUUAUUGCACUUUUGGGGGGCAAAAAGAAGACAAAAACAAGUAGAAAAUGAAAAAAAUAAAUAAAUAAAGGCUGCCCUAGAAUAACUCCCAUGCAAACGUGAGAUCUGUACAAGGGCCGAAAUUUAAAGGCAAGAAGAAAAAGAAAAAAGUCCUCCUCUUUUAUGUUUCACAUCAGAAUUAUUUACCAGGAAAUCAUAGUUUGUGCCUUUCCAAGUAAAAUGUUUAAAGUUAAAGCAAA